AUGCUGAGGCCAAUAAAAAAGCAAGUGCCUAGGAAUGAGCAAGCGGAUGAGGCAGCCUAUUUAGCCCACUUAGCAGCGCAGAGAAACGCCAGUGCCUUCUUUGAGAAGUACGAGCGAAGCGAGCUUCAGGAAUUACUUACCACUUCAUUCUGCAGCUGGUUGGCAACCAAGGAUAACUUGCGCCAUCCAAUGGACCUUCCCAGUGGGAUCUUGAGUCAGAUGAAGGGCAUAAAUGUUCAAACAGCUAUUUUUCUAGCACCGGUGGAGCCUGGCUUGGAUUUGGACUGUAGAGAAAUCCAUCAGAUUAUCAGAGAGUUGGCUGUUGGAAUUUAUUGUUUGAACCAAAUCCCUUCUAUCAGUUUAGAUGCUAAUUACGAUCAGAGUACUUCUUGCUCACUCCCGCCAGCAUACUUUGACACGAGAAUAGGACAAAUGUUGAUCACCGUUGACUACAUGCUGAAAGCCUUGUGGCAUGGGGCAUACAUGUCCAAAGAAAAACGGGUCAGAUUCUCUGAAUUGUGGCGGUCUAGCAUGGAUAUUGAUGCAGAUGGCAUCCCUCAAACAGAAAAAACUGCUGCUGCGGAGUUUUGCCAAGCUGGUCUAGUUGAUAUUUCAAAAGAACCAGAUUUUCGAGGAAUCUAUGAUGAAAACAUGAAUGAAGAUCCAACAUAUGACCCUAACAGCACAGAGGAGAAAACAUUCUUUAUGCAGUUUGUGGAUUAUAUCUUACUUAAGUUGACUUUUGCCACCACAGAGAUUCAGCAGUAUGAAAAUGUGUUCAAGUUUAAUGCGGCGUAUAACCUUUGUAAUGUAAUAAGAAUGACUGAGGACCGUCUUGAUAUGUCUUCAUAUCAGAGGCUGCAGCAGAGGCUAGCUCUUCAACAAAAACUUGUGAAGAAGCACCUAGAAAAAAAAGGAGAGAUCCGGAAGAACAUAGCCUACCUAAAGCUAAUGAGUUUUCUUAUUCCAUUUAUUGUUGGUUUAAAAAGGAAAAAUAAAGUUCCAAAUUUAAAUCGUCUUCUUCAGCCGUAUUCAGAUGACAAAGUUAAAACAGAACGUGAAUUGCCUCCCCUUUUGCUCGGACCAGAUUUUAAGUGCCAGCAUUUUGUAUAUGCCCAGAAUCAGUAUUUCCAUCUCCAUGGAGGGAUUGAAUAUGAUAUUGGUACGCCUUCAGUUGAAGAGGUGUCAGAUGAGAUUAAGGCUGCCUAUGAUGAAAUGCAUGCAUGUGCAACAAAUCACCUCGCUCAACUGCUGGACCCAGAGGCACCCUAUAGAGAACAUUACCCCAUACCAAUAAUGGAUUUUGAUGGCAAGAGCUAUUAUGUAAUCGGCAUUGAACUUGAACCAUUUUAUCUGCUUUUUAAGACCCAGUGGUGGGGAGCCAUAAAUGAAGUAAUAAGCACGCUUAAACCCAAAAGGCUUCCAUUAACCGAUAUUCAAGCAAUGGACCAAUUCAAGAAAAGAUUUGGUUAUAAGAAAGCUAUUAAAUGCAAGAGUCUGCCAUUUGGCAUGAAAUCUGCUGCAGAAAGAGGGCUCGCUGCUAUCUUCCUUACCUUCUGUCGCAAGACAUCCAUCUCCAGCCUUGCACUUUCCGAUGAAUAUGGUUAUGCUCUUAUCCAUCAUGCUGCUAUCUAUAACCGGGUGGCAAUUAUAUGUCAGGUUAUUAAAUCACAUCUGACGAUCAAUCAGAGGCGCAGCAUACCAGUUAGUAUGGGUCCCACGGCCUUACACCUAGCAGCUCAGUGUUGCUCCCUUGAAGCACUUCAUUUCCUCCUGGCCUUAAAAGCAGAUUACCGAAUACCUGAUGACCGAGGAUGGUUGCCUAUUCAUUAUGCUGCCUUCUAUGACAAUGUUGCCUGCAUCGCGAUUCUCUACCGAAAACAGCCAGAGCUGAUAGAGACUGAAACACGAUUGGAAUAUCACUCCACCCCACUUUUACUUGCAUCUAUAUCUGGGGCGCUAGACACAAUCCAGUAUUUGUUUUCUCUCCAAGUCGACUGGCUGAAAAAGGACAGUGAAGGAAAUAAUGUCAUUCAUUUGGCAGUGCUGAACUUUCACACAGAAAUUCUGAAGCAUCUAAUUGAGCUACAGAAUCCUGAUCUCCCAGUCUGGAAAACUCUCGUUGGUAUGUUGGAUUGUGAAGACCAUAGGAGGAAAGAAAUGGCAAUAAGGUGUCUAGAAGUACUUUGUCUUGCCAAAGAUCAGUAUUGGAAAUGCAUUUUGGAUGCAGGUACCAUACCCUCGUUAAUCAACUUGUUAAAAAGUGAAGACAUCUACCUGGAGUGCAUCACCAUAGGAGUGCUGAGUAACAUCUCAACCCAUAACUCCAUUGCUGGAGCCUUUGUUGAAGCAGGAGGCAUUUCAGUAUUAAUUAAGUUAUUGGCUACUGAUGAACCUGAAUUGCUUUCCCGGUGUGCUGUCCUUUUAUAUGAUAUUGCCCAGUGGGAUGAUAAUCAGGUCAUCAUUGCUGAACUGGGUGGAAUUCCUGCUCUUGUCAGACUGUUGCAAUACAACAUAGAAGACCUGCUUGUGAAUGCAAUAAACUGCAUUCGAGUAUUAUGCAUUAACAGCAAAGAGAAUCAGUUGAAAGUGAAAGAUGCUAUGGGCAUUGAUCCACUUGUUCAGUUCUUGCACUCAGAUUCAGAUGUGCUACUGGCAGUGGCUUCAGCGGCAAUUGCAGAACUUGCUCGUGGGAAUUUUAAGAUGCAGAAUGCCAUUGCUGAGGCACAAGUCAUUCAUCCUCUAGUUGAGCUUCUCAGAGGAAGGAAAAUCAGUGUCCAGGUGAAAGGAGCAAUGGCAAUUGAGGCACUCUCUGAAAAUAAUGCUUAUAUUCAGAUGAGAUUUCUAGCCAAGUCUGUGACCAAAUUCCUUUUAAAGCUCCUGAAGGCCUUUCACCUGAAAGUUAAAGAACAAGGAGCAGUAACACUCUGGGCACUGGCAGGGCAAACCGUGAAGCAGCAAAAAUUCAUGGCAGAGCAGAUUGGAUACAAUCUUAUUAUAGAUAUGCUCCUAUCACCCUCUGAUAAAAUGCAGUGUGUUGGAGGUGAAGCUGUCAUAGCUCUUAGCAAGGAUAGCGAAAUUCACCAGAACCAAAUAUGCGAAGGGAAUGGAAUUGCCCCUUUAGUUCGGCUGUUGAGGAGUGGAAGGAUAGCAGAGGGCACGCUCCUCAGUGUCAUCAGAGCCUUGGGGACCAUUUGUGUAGGUGAAGCUAGUAUAAGCAAUCCAGUCAGUCAAGAGAACGUAGUGGAUGAAGGGGCCUUGCCAAUAUUGGUCUAUUUACUGAAACAUCAUCAGUCUCUUCAGAUAAAGGUUGAAGUUGCAUUUUCUUUGGCUUGCAUUGUUUUAAGGAACAGUAACCUGCUGAAUGUGUUACAAGAGAAAGAAGGUUUUAAUUAUUCUGAUAUCCUUGGGCUUCUUUACGCAUCAGAUAAGGAUAUCUGUUUACGGGCAGGAUAUGCUGUUGCCCUUUUUGCUUAUAAUAACCCCAGCCAGCAGUUACUGAUUUUAGAGAAUGGACCAAUAUCUUUGUCUAUAUUUGAACCUUUUCUGGCAUCAGAAGUAGAAACAGACAGAGCAAUGGCUGCCUUUCAGAUAGUCGUACUAGCCAGAAUUAUAGUUGAUAUGGACCAAGUUAGUUUGUCUGCAAAAGGAGUUUCUAUUUUAGUUGACCUGCUGUGUUCGGAAAAAACAGGAACUCUAGUGUUAACAGGAAAGUUAUUGUCUAGUUUGGCUCACACAAGAGCAGGUAUUCCAGAAGCAAUUACAAGCUUAGGAACUGUCCAGCGUCUUUGUUAUCAUUUGUAUGCAAAGGAAGAAGAGGUUCGUACAGCUAUGGCAUGUGCUCUGGGAUAUUUAACAUUUAACCGAACGGCAUACCGCCAUUUAUUAGUACAAUGUAGAAAUAAGCCCAAGUUGUUCAAGAGGCUAAUAAUGAAUCUUAGCAAAGAUGCAAGAAUAAAUUCAGACUUUGUGAAAGAAUUUAAGAGACAAAAAAAAGUUGGCCUUCCAUCUCUCAGCUUGGAGAUAAAUGGAGGGCCACCUGCAGUUCCUGUACGCGUACGAGACAAAUCACGGACUACUGGUGUCAAAAUAUACAAAGCAAAGUGCCAUCCAAAGGAUUCCCUCUUUUUAAUGCCCACAACAACUCACCUAAUGGGAAGAUACAGAACACUGGAGAAGCCCCGCAUUCCAGUCUCUGGACACUGUCCAUUUCCACAUGCCACAACAUCAGACCUCAUUGAAGUUUCAAGACCAAGAAUCGUUAAUGUUGGGAUGCUCCGCAGUAACUUGUCAGAAAAGAAAGCUUGACUACAUUUGCCUACACUGCAGCAGCAAAUAAAAUAGUAGUCUCUGCUAAUACCAUUAAGAUAAUUAGGAUAAACAUUACUGCUUGUCCAUAACAGACUGCACAAAGAAAUCUUGUCUAUUGAUAAUGCAAAAUGUUGCUGCUGUGAUAGAGAAUAAAAGC